CCUGAAUGAUGUAAUAACUCAGGAAGUAGGGGGAGUCCUCUUUAAAUAGCUUGGUUACAGGCAGAGGAAUCGCUUUCUUCUACCUCGCAGGGAGCAGGGAAUCUCAGGAUAUGGAGGCACUGGGGAAUGUCUUACAGAUCGCAGAAACUAUCUACAGCCUUUGUGAGAAGGCCAGUUCCAAUAAGCAGCAAUGCAGUCGCUUGCAGAAGAGAAUACAGAUGCUUCUGCUAACGGCCAAGCAGCUAAGGAAGCAGAGCGACAAGUCCGAGGAUCUUAACGAGGUAUUGAUGGAGCUGGAGCUGACGCUGAGGAACGCCAGGUGCUGGGUCGCUAAAUACUCCCAGCGAGCGUGGUGGAGAAAGGUGCUCCAGGCCAAUGGGAUCAGGGAAGAGUUCGAUCUGAUCAAUGACCGGCUGAAGGAUGCGGCUGAGAACAUCUCUCUCCUGAUGGUGGCGGAGCAGAGGGGCAAUUUCCUGGAAUUCUUUGAUGAGAAACACAGGAAAAGGCAGAAUCAGAAAGAUAUUGAUGAUGACCUAAAGGAUUUGAAAGAUUACCUAACAAAUGAGAUGAGACCCAUAUGUGACAAAGUGGACCACGUGGCGGAAAAAUUAGAGGACGCCGAUGCGAGCGUGAAUCAUAUUCUCAAACAGAUGGAAAAGCUGACGCUGCUGUCACUGGAAGGUAUCCGCACUCCCUGGAAUAUCGCUGAGCUCCGGGUGACAGACCUGAAGCGGGGCGAGCUGGUGAUUGAGAAACCCACCCACUAUCUGUACAGAGGAGAAUACCACAAGGGUCCGGUGGCCAUCAAAGUGCUGAAGGGACAACUGAUAAAAGACCAAGAUUUUGUGAAGAAAACGUUUCAGGCUGAGAUUAAGACCAUGAAGAAAUUUGAAUGCGUGAAUAUUCUGCGACUCUACGGCAUCUGUAUUGAUAAUUCAAAAAGUGAGCCGUGUUAUUCCCUGGUGAUGGAGUUUUGUGAGAAGGGGACGCUGCGAGAUCUGCUGAACAGAGAGAAGGCGCUGUCCUGGAUGCGCCGGGUUCACAUGGUGCUGGAUGCUGCCAGGGCUCUGUACAGGUUACAUCAGACGGAGUUGAAAGCCAUUCUGCACGGAAGCCUCAGCAGCUCCAAGUUCCUGGUGGACGGGACAUACUGUCUGAAGCUCUCGGGAUUUGAGCUCUCCAAGACAGAGUCAUCCAUGAGAAAAAGCGCCAACGCGGAGAAACGCAAGGAGAGCAUUGAAUGGGCGUACAUUGCUCCCGAGACCCUGGAGAACAUCAACGCGUAUGAUAAACGCAGCGAGGUUUACAGUCUGGGAGUCGUGUUUUACGAAAUCGCAAGCGGGAAGGUGCCUUUAGAGGGACUGCCGGCCCCUGAAGGAAACCUGGACGAGAUCCAUCAGAAGCUUCGUGCCGAGGUGGAGGCCGGUCUUCCCUCCGACUGCCCGGCUGUUCUUUGUGACAUUAUCAAAAAGAGCGUAGAAAGCGACCCCAAUAAUCGCCUGACAGCCGGAGUGAUUGUGGAUUUACUGAUGUCCCACCUGAACCAACAAGAUUCCAGACCACCCUCUCCUGAAGCUAGCGUGUAAUGCCAGGGGCCACGGCGAGGAGAGGACACCGGUGCAGCCGGGCACCAAAGCUACCUUCACAUUUUAAGCUUGAAAAGCUACUUGUACGACAGCCCGUUACAGAGCGUGGAGCUCCCCGGUGCUUGUAUUUUCAUGGUUUUCGUGUAUCGAAGACUCAUUGUCACAGUGAAGCCUUGUGGAGAACCACAAAGAGAACUCGGGUAAAAAUAUCUAUAGAUACAAUGUCUGGGGGGCACGGAGAGGCACCAAGGCGUAUUUCAUAAUUACAAAAACACGUCCGACUUUCGCAAAAAUACACUAUAAAACUAAAUCUUAUCGACACACUCUACGGUUUUGAUAGUAGCUGAAAUAUUAUAUUUAUAACAUGUUUUUUUACUUUGUUUCUAAAGGACUGUAUUUUAUACCUUGCAUAAACGGCAAUAAAGCGGUUUAAAAAUCA